AUGGACUUUCCGCAUGGGCCGCCAGUGAAGUUAGACCAUCCGGCCAAGACUGACAGCAAGCUUGAUGAGAGGGCAAACCACGCAGUAGUUCCAGAUGCAGCUCGCAAAGAGAACAGACUCGACGACGAUGGAUGGCUGGAGGUUGGAGGUUGGAGGUUGGAGGUUGGAGAUUUGGACGGGGAUGGCGCCUGCGAGAUCCAAUGA